AUGAUCUCUCCUUCCCAGCCUGAAGAGCUUCUCUUUCUUCCCCUUCUCGCUGUUUCUCUCUCGCCUUUCUCCUGCUUAACACUUCGACACUAUCCUACGAAAUAAAUCUCGACAAUCAAUCGCGUUGCUACCACGUCCCCCCCAGGGAUAUGAACCACCUUUCCUAAAUUCACGUCAGACAAAUCCCGAAGCGUAUAUGAUAUUUCGGCCAUCAUGAGCGGGAGGAUCCUCUCCCACCGUCUGGUUCCGCUCCUGCGGACGGGGCAUCUGGCCCGCCAUGUUCACAACGCUGCUGCCCGCACCGGCGGCCUCCUGCGCUCCGAUGGCAGCGCGGCCUUACGGCGACGGCCUUGGCCCGUCGGUGCCAACGCCAUCCACAACGUGCCUGCUGUGCGGGCCAUCUCCUUCCACCGCAUCCUCCCCAAGCUGGCCCUGAAACUUGUGCGGCUGCCGGCCAUGUUUGGCGGGGCCGUGCUGGCGGGUGCCGCUUACAUUCAGUAUCAAGCUGCGCAGGCGGGAAGCUAUGCUAUCGAUAUCUUCAAACGGGCGGGCGAAACGGCGGGCGGUGCGGCCUCGAGCUUAUUCCAGGAGAUCCAGAACAUGGCGGAACAGACGCAGCGCGGGUGGCAGAAGACGACGGAGGAUGUUGACCUUCCGGAAUGGUUGCAGAAGAUCCUGCGGUUGAACGAGGACGCGCAGUCGGAUAACGGGGGCUCGGGGGGUGGCGGUGAUGGAAAGGGCCCGAAGGAGAGCCGGAUCGGCGCGGCUGCUGCUGGAGCGACCACCGCCGGAGCGCUGGGGUACGAUCAGUCGGACGAGGAGGAUCUCCGCGCGGGCCGCCAGAUUGCGGAGGACGACCAGAUGAUGCUGCUCACGCGGAAGAUGAUCGAGAUCCGGAACAUCCUGCAGAGCGUCGGCCAGUCGAACACCCUCACGCUGCCCUCGAUCGUCGUCAUCGGCUCCCAGUCGUCCGGGAAGAGCUCGGUCCUGGAGGCAAUUGUCGGGCAUGAGUUCCUUCCCAAGGGAUCGAAUAUGGUCACCCGCCGGCCGAUUGAGCUCACCCUCGUCAACACCCCGAACGCGCAGGCGGAGUAUGGCGAGUUCCCCGCGCUGGGACUCGGCAAGAUCACCGACUUCUCGCAGAUCCAGCGCACCUUGACGGACUUGAAUCUGGCGGUGCCGGAGAGGGACUGUGUUUCGGAUGACCCCAUUCAGCUCACCAUCUACUCGCCCCAUGUGCCCGAUCUUUCGCUCAUUGAUCUGCCUGGCUAUAUCCAGGUCGCUGGGCGGGAUCAACCACCACAGCUGAAACAGAAGAUUUCGGAUCUUUGCGAUAAAUAUAUUCAACCACCGAACGUUAUUUUGGCUAUCUCGGCGGCGGAUGUCGAUCUCGCCAACUCCACUGCUCUUCGAGCCAGCCGUCGUGUGGAUCCCAGGGGCGAGCGGACAAUUGGUGUCAUUACGAAGAUGGACCUGGUGGAUCCUGACAGGGGCCACAGCAUUCUAUCCGACACGAAAUACCCUCUCCGCCUGGGCUAUGUUGGCGUGGUCAGCCGGAUCCCUCAGACGACGGCUCUCUUCUCCAGGGGCAGCGGCAACAUCACGGGCGCCAUUCUGAAGAACGAGCACGCCUACUUCUCUCAGCACCAAUCCGAAUUUGGACCGCAGUCGGACGUGUCGGUCGGGGUCAACACAUUGCGCAACAAGCUUAUGCAUGUCCUUGAGCAGACGAUGGCAUCGAGCCUAGCAGGUACUAGGGACGCUAUCAGCCAAGAGCUGGAGGAGGCCACUUACGAGUUCAAGGUUCAAUACAACGAUCGUCCCCUCAGCGCGGAGUCCUAUCUGGCCGAGAGCCUGGACAGCUUCAAGCACUCCUUCAAGGGGUUUGCGGAAAGCUUUGGUCGCCCCCAGGUCCGCGAGAUGCUGAAGCGCGAACUCGACCAGCGGGUGAUGGAUAUUCUGGCGCAGAGAUACUGGAAUAAACCGAUCGAAGAUCUCACGGCGCCCAUGCCAGAGUUGGAUCCUCUGAGCGAUUUGCCCAAGGCGGAUCCCGAAUCUCUCUACUGGCAUCGCAAGCUUGAUGCUUCCACCUCUUCCCUGACCAAGCUGGGGAUCGGUAGACUUGCCACGACAGUCGUCGCCAACGCAAUCCAGAACCAUGUUGACCGGUUGUUGACCGACUCGACUUUCGCGAGCCACCCGUACGCCCAGAAGCAGAUCAUAGAUGCCUGCAACAGCAUUCUGAAUGACCGGUUCUUCAGCACGAGUGAUCAGGUCGAGAACUGCAUCAAACCUUACAAAUAUGAAAUCGAGGUCGAGGACCCUGAAUGGUCCAAGGGUCGGGAGAACGUCAGCAAGGUUCUCAAGGACGAGCUCAAGGCAUGCGAGUCCGCAUUCAAGCACGUGGAAGAUUCCGUUGGAAGACGGAAACUCAAGGAUGUCAUGUCGUUUGUCGACAAGGUUAGAAAGGGCGAGGUGGUGUUGGAGGGUGACGGCGCUGGCGGUGCUGGCGGCUUUAGCGCCGACCUGUUAGCCAGAGGCCGCGAAAGUGUCUUCCUCCGCGACCGCGCCGACAUCAUCAAGAUGCGACUCCUGGCCGUCCGCUCCAAGCAAUGUGCCUCGCAGAAGAACAAAUACUACUGCCCGGAGGUCUUCCUAGACGUCGUCGCCGACAAGCUCACGUCGACCGCCGUGCUCUUCCUCAACGUCGAACUCCUCUCCGAAUUCUACUACAACUUCCCGCGCGAGCUCGACAUGCGCCUCGGCCGCCACCUCUCCGACGCCGAGGUCGAGCGCUUCGCCCGCGAGGACCCGCGCAUCCGCAGCCACCUCGACGUCAUCCGCCGGAAGGAGCUCCUCGAGCUGGCCCUUCAGAAAAUCGAGAGCAUCCGGCAGCUCGACGGCCGCGGCAAGCGCGGCAACACGGACCGUCCGGUGGGCGCUCGGGAACCGAGAAGUCGUGGCUGGAACCUGUUCUAAACAUUUUGCUCUCCCCCCGUUAUAAUCCAACUAGACUUCCAUCUUGUGAUAUCCGUGUCCUCCUCUCCAUCUUUGCGGCAUUCUCGCAUAUUCCCUGCCUCUCUCUCAUUCGAUGUACGUUUCUUUUGUGGCCGUGGUCUGGCCAGGGGUAGGAAUAGGAUUUAUGUAUAAAUCGGUGUAUCUCGGUUUGUUGUGGUGGGCUGUAUGGCAUGGUCGAUGCUCUGCAGUCCCGCCCACCAAUACUACGGCUUACGUACUUUUC